AUGGGUGUGAGGGACACCGCUCUAAGCGCCACGCAAGACGCGCUGCUGCACUCUCUCGAGCGCCAAGUGCACGUCAAGACCCAGGCAUCAACCCACGCGUCGCUCUCGUACUCACACCGUCCUUCAGGCGCACACGACACCGUCCGAGCGUUUCUCGCCCAUCGCUCGAGCUCAACUUCUCGUUUACAGCUCCAAAAGGCGUCGGUUCCCCGCUUAAACCCCGUCUUUCACCGCUUUUUAUCAACCAUUGACACUUGUGUUUCUCAAUGGAACGCUCUGUACACCCACGCUCGAGCUUCCCAAGCACUCGUGAAUGACAUGGAGACAAGUCACGUCCAAGUGGCUGCCAAGACCCAAGCGCUGUAUGCGAGUUUCGAAGACAUUUUGCAACAAGUGGAAGCGCUGGACGCUCGGGUUGCAGCCAUUGCUGCGCUUAUGCCGCACUUUACUGCAAUUGAAGCAGUGGCACACGUGCUGGGCUUUGGUGUGAAGUUUGCAGCGCCCAGCAGCUCAAUUCGUCCAGUUGGACGAGACACUACAUCGGCUUUUGUAGCCGAGACCAAGCGUGCGGACUUAAUGGAGAAAGCUGUACAAGUGUUCCAGCAUCGACGGGGCAUUGACCCGACGACGCUGGACUUUGCCCGAGCUUUGGAGCAAAUUGACGAGUCUGUGGCGUUUUUAAGAGACCAUAUCGAGUUCAAGGACUCGGCGUGCUACAUUGAUGAGUAUCGGACACUUGCAGCGGGUGGAAUACAAUGCCUGAAAGAUUAUGCACUGAGUAGCCUUGAUGCUGCAAAAGAUGCAGUGUAUGAAGCGCUGCAGAAGCAGGCAAUGGACGUGCAACAAGGCAGUGCCGCUGCAACUUUGUCCGUCCAACCGCUUGAUCAGUCAUCGGCGUACUACGUGAACUUUCAGCUGGUUGCGCCCGCGCUAGCUGCAGUCGCAAAGCAACUCGAGCGUUUGAAUACUCAGUCGACUCCGGAAGGGGUCCAGAAUUUGCGUGUACUGGGAGAAGUGGCUAAUGUGUAUGCCACACGGCGUCUACAGUUGCUUUCACCUGUGCUGGCUGCAUGGUUGAGUGCUAUGUCUGGAACGCCAGACAUUGUCAAUAUGCUCCGCGCAAGUUGCACUCAAUUGCUUAACGUCUGUGAGGCUGAAUGUCGACUGUUUCAGAAUCUUUUUGGCCGCGAUCCGAGCGACGAGCUCUUUGCUCGCGCUGCUGUGAAUGGCGAUACAAAGGAAGAAGACGAAGACGAGAGCGCAUUCCAACGGCUCGUUUUCCGGCUGAGCAGUUUGUUGUACAAUACUGUACGACCUCAACUUCUAGCUCAAAAGGAUCUAGAAGUGCUGUGUGAGGUCAUCCAGGUCCUCAAAAGCGAGGUGAUUGAGGCAGCUAUUACUCCGCGCGUAGCGGUCGUGGGGUAUGCCGAGCCCGUGAUGCACCGUAUGAUCCAAGAUGCACAGGAACGGCUCAUUCUUUGCAUGCAGAAGUAUAUCCGCGACGAAAUUGAAGGCUUUAUGCCCACCGCUGCCGACCUUGACUACCCAGCAAAGUUAGAAGCUGCAGAGCAGGCUAGUGCACCGCUUUAUGCUACGUGGUACCCGUCGCUUGAGCACACGCUAUUGUGCUUGUCAAAGGGAUACCAUUACGUCAAGCUGGAGAUUUUCGAGGAGUUGGCCCAGGAUGCUAUUCAGAUCUGCGCUACAUCUUUGAAAAUGGCUUCCGCUGAUAUUACCGCGGCUAAGGGUGGUCUGCAUGGCUCCCUCUUUCUUGUCAAGCAUCUGCUCACACUGCGCGAACAGAUCACUCCGUUCGAGAUUCAGUUUUCGCAAACAAGCAAAGCUCUGGAUUUUACCACCAGCGCAGAUGCCAUGAAUGAGCUAUUGGUGGACGCGUCGACGCUUUUCCGGUUUUCUGGACCAAAUGGUAUCGUGGAUCUUUUCACACGUGGCAUUCCUCAAAUCCAAGAGACUACGGCUGAUGUCAAAAAGGAUCUGGAGCAGGAGCUAAAGAAGAGCUGUACAGCUUUUAUCGAGACCGUGUUGCAGCAGUUAGCGGCCCCCCUGCUUGCGGUGAUGAAGCAAGUUGCUCAUGCCCAGCAAUCGCACAAGGCCACUGCGCUGGACUUCCGUCAAUACGCCUUCACUGUGCCGGUCGAGGUUACAAAGGUGCUUGGGAGUGUCGACAAUCAGUUGCGCAAUACCCUGCCCGGAGUUCUGCAAACCAUCCGUCUUUACCUUCGCAACUCGUCCACUGAGACGAUUCUCUUCAAGCCUGUACAGCGCAACCUUCUUGAUGCCAUCGGAAAUCUUAAGCAGCUCAUGGAGCAGGCAUACACAAGUGAAGAGCUGGAGCCGUGUGAAAAAGUAUUUGAAGUCGUACUGCAACGGCUGCGUGCACUUUGA